CCCCUCCAUUAUUCCACAAAACCAAUAUUUUUGCUUAAUUUUCUACGCUCUCCUCCUUUUCCCUUUGCUCAAUUGCACUGAUUCAUCGUCACCUUCUUCUUCACUACCCUCUCGUUUCCUUACCUUCUUCCCUUCAUUUUUCUUGUCGAAUCUCAUUGAGAAUGUUUAAUUCUGUUUGGGUUUCGUAAGAACCAUUUCUUAUGUGGUGAAAAUGAUGCUGUACAAGUGUUCUGGAGUUUUUGCAAACAUUUUUUUCGAUAAAAUUCCUGAAUAGUUAAUGGACUCAGCUCUUCCUCUUGUCACGGUACUUCGGAAUGAGACUGUUCAUUCCAUUGAUUUUUUGGUUGAAGAAGGCAGUUACUUGCCCGAUUCCUAGCCUGGGGCCAGGCGGACGGCAGCUGGUUAAUUUGUCUAAAAUCGUCAACAUUUGUCGCCGUCGCCACUCGCCAAUCACAAGCUGGUUGAUUAAGGUUCUGAUCAACCAGAACUUAACGGGGAUGGCACUAGAACCUGGAAACUUCUUCGAACAUGUGCAGAUUUUGUUCAAAUUUCGGAUAAAUGAAAAAGGAAAACUUUUACUCAUUGCUGAAGGAAUUAAGGAAAAGAAUAUUGACAUAAUUCUCCGCCUCAGGGUGCGCAACCAGUGUAGUGAUGUUGCAGUGAUCCCUGAGGCCAUAGUUAAUUCAAGCAAGAGGUCAUCUCUGAGUGCAAACUGUAAGGUGGAAAAUGGUUUGCAACAGGAUAACGAUACAGAUGCUUUUAUUCAGAGCAAAGCAGCGGCGUCACCAGAGAGCCUAUUCGUGUUUGUCAAAAACGUUCCUGGGCGUGCUGAAGCGCAAAGCAUAGCAAAUGGCAUCAGGAAGGCAACCACCACUUAUGCACCGUUGGACAGAUCCAAACAUGAUACAUUUGAGACCAAAAUGUCAAAUUCAAGUCAAAUGGAACCCUCGAGAGAGAGGGAAAUGGCAAUCCAGAUUUUCAUCACCCCCGCCGCUGCCGCUGCCGCUGCCGCCACCACCACCAACACUACCACUAUCACUACCAGCGGCAGCUUACAGAGCAUGGGGAACAUGAACAUGAACAACCGUCUCACUCUUCCCACGUUCCAAACAAGGACACCACCGACCACGUCUUUCUAAUUGUGCGUGCUAUUCUGGUCAGUUUUGUUUAUAUCCUGCUACUAGGACUUAGACUUACUCAUUAAUGGUGUGCUGUGUACUGUAAUACAGUGUUUCCACAUCCCCUGCUGGGACUCUUGUAUUGUAAACUAGUAUUGUAUUGUAUGUGUGUAUUGUAUAAAACUCUACAAUAAUGAUUUAAAGCUAAAUUCCAUCUCCCCACUUGCCUUCUUUACUGGCAUGAACUUGACAAUAUUAACCAGGAAAGUUGGAGUUUUUACUUA